AUAUAUCCCAGGCCAAGAUCAGAAACCACAUGCAUGCAUGUAUGCAUGCAUAAUAAUUAAAAUGAAGUGAUCUGAAGUGACAAAUAUAAUGUGGCUUCAGAGUUCGAAACCGGCAGGGGCAGGACAAAAGACGCCUGCCCCCGCCACCCGUGGCCUGGUCGCCCUCGCCGUUGACAAAGACAAAGGGAGCCAAUCUGCCCUCAAAUGGACUACUGAAAACCUCGUCUCCAGGGGUCAAACCCUCGUCCUCAUCCACGUUCUCCACAAAUCUUUCCAUGGUUCUGCCAAUGCGCCUCCGGAUCGCAAGCAACAAAUUGAAAAACACACCAAAGAAUUGUUCGGUGUUUUUCAUGUCUUCUGCACCCGUAAAGAUAUACACCCCAUGGAUGUGAUUCUGGAAGACACAGAUGUAUCAAAAGCGCUAAUGCAAUACGUGUCUGGUUCUGGAAUCGAAAACCUGGUUCUUGGUGCAUCAAAGCAUGGAUUUCUCAAGAGGUUGAAGGUUAUGGACAUCCCAACCUGCGUUUCAAAAGGAGCCCCAGAUUUCUGCACCGUUUAUGUCAUUUCCAAAGCCAAAAUCUCCUCCGUUCGAAACGCUUCUCGUCCCGCGCCGUUUAUGUCCCCACUCUACAACCAGAUCAACAAGAAGAACGAUGAACAACAGCCCGACAACAACAACAACACCAACACCAAUAACAACGCCAACAACGGUCCCCCGACCGCCGCGGUCGUCCCCAAAGCUGUAAACUCUACUUCUCCGGCACCCACACGCCACAAACACACUCCCACUUUAAAAGAUAAACUUCCAACGUUUGGAGAAAGGAACAAUCGCCCAUCUUUCAUGUGUAACAACGACAUGGAAAUACCAAUGAGGUCACCGUUUGAUAAAGCGGCAGGAAGAGGGAUCCAAGGGAAGCCAUUUUCGGACAUUUCGGACUCCGACAUGGAUAUAUCAUUCGUGAGCUCCGGCCGGCCAAGCACCGAUGCAUCGUCUAUGUUCAAUGAGGGAAUGGAUACGGGGCGAACAUCUCGGGUAUCCACCUGCAGCUCCGAAAGCAACGGGUUUGGAUCAAAGGCCAACGAUUCCAACUCCGUCACUGAUUUCUCAACCGCCUCCCUCGAAAGCGAAGAAGGCGAUGCUGAAAUGAAGAGGCUAAAGCAAGAUUUGCAGAAGAUGAUGGACUUGUAUAGCACCGCAUGCAAAGAGGCGUUAACUGCAAAGCAGAAGGCGACUGAGCUCCAGCUAUGGCGGAUUGAGGAAGAGAAGCGAUUGGAGGAGACAUCAGAUCAAGAGGACGUGUCGAAAGUGAGUUCAGAGGGUGGGAUGAGAAGUGGGUGCAGUGAACCCAACGCGUCGUCCACGGAGGAGCAAGACAAUGGGAGAUGUGACUUUAGAUAUAGAAAGUACACCAUUGAAGAAAUCGAAGAAGCUACAGAACGCUUCGCCGUAUCAAGAAAGAUUGGAGAAGGAGGGUAUGGGCCUGUGUUUAAAUGUAUUCUUGAUCACACCAACGUGGCCGUCAAGGUGCUACGCCCUGACGCUACCCAGGGCAUGUCCCAAUUUCAUAAAGAGGUUCAAGUGCUGAGUUGCCUUCGCCAUCCCAACAUGGUGCUGCUGCUGGGAGCUUGUCCGGAGUAUGGGUGUCUGGUGUACGAUUACAUGGGGAACGGGAGCUUAGAGGAACGAAUCUUGAAACCGGGAGACAAACCGGCGCUUUCCUGGCAAGUCAGGUUCCGGAUCGCGGCGGAGGUGGGGACGGGACUGUUGUUUCUGCACCAGACGAAGCCGGAGCCGGUGGUGCACCGGGAUCUGAAGCCGGGGAACAUCCUGCUCGACGAUUGCUUCGCGGCCAAGAUCAGCGACGUAGGGCUGGCGCGGCUGGUGCCGCCGACGAUGGCGGACGACGUCACGCAACUGCGGAUGACGUCAGCGGCCGGAACUUUCUGUUACAUCGAUCCGGAGUAUCAGCAGACGGGGAUGCUGGGGGUGAAGUCCGACGUGUACUCGUUCGGGAUCGUGCUCCUGCAGCUGAUCACGGCGAAGCCGGCGAUGGGGAUCGCUCAUCACGCCGCCGACGCCUUCGACAAGGGCACGUUCCUGGAUAUGCUGGACCCCGUGGUCACAAAUUGGCCGGUUGAGGAGGUUUUAGCCAUGGGAAAGCUUGCCCUGCGAUGUGCACAGCUCCGGCGAAAGGACCGGCCGGAUUUGGGGAAGGAAGUCAUGCCGGAGCUCCUCCGGUUCAAAGAAUUAGCUGAUCAGAGUAUUAAUAAACACAUGAUGGUUAUCGCCCAGGCUAGUUGAAAAUUUAAAUUCAUCCAUCUCCGAUCCUCCCCGACCACCACCACCAAAAUACGUAUUCUGUCUUAACUAAAAAAAAAGUUAUGGACUUUAGUUAUGUAUAUAGAAUAGAAGAAAGCUCAGGAGGGUACAAUUAAUGCCAUUGGAGCUUAUCUUUGUAUCAUAUAUAUUAUCACAAAUUAAAUUAUGUCUAAGUUAAU